UGGCUACAGUUCAUGCUAGCUAGCAGGUGGGGCUCAAAAAUGUUGCGCUGUCGUUCAACUUGUCUUAUUUUGUGUUCAAGCGAGGCACAGCCGUAACUAAAAGUCACUCCGCCGACAGUGUAAGGACUCAGGGAGACGGUAACCACGGGAGUGUGCUGUUAGAGGGAUUUAUUAAGUAGUUUUUAGCGGGCUGUGUGUGUUUGUGCAGGCGGAGGGGGGUCGUGUCUCCUCCGGUCAGCUGUCCAUCAGUUCACCGUCAGUCCAACCAGAACCAGCAGUCAUGGCAGCUCCAGUAAACAUCCAGACUCCCAGUAAGACCUGGGAGCUGAGUCUGUAUGAGCUUCAAAGGAGCCCCCAGGAGGCGAUCAUGGACGGGACGGAGGUGGCGGUGUCUCCUCGCUCUCUGCACAGCGAGCUAAUGUGUCCCAUCUGUCUGGACAUGCUGAAGAACACCAUGACGACCAAAGAGUGUCUGCACCGCUUCUGCUCCGACUGCAUCGUCACGGCGCUGCGAUCAGGGAACAAAGAGUGUCCGACCUGCAGGAAAAAGCUGGUCUCCAGGCGUUCGCUGCGCCGGGACUCGAACUUCGACGCGCUGAUCUCCAAGAUCUACCCGAGCCGGGACGAGUACGAGGCCCACCAGCGCCGCGUCCUGGAGCGACUCAACAGGCUGCACAACAAGGAGGCGCUGAGCUCCAGCAUCGAGGAGGGGCUCCGGCAGCAGGCCCGCUACAGGUCCGAGAGGAACCACCGGGUGAAGAAGCCAACUCAGGAGAGCGACAACACCACCUUCAGCGGCGGCGAAGACAACGGCGACGCCCGCUCACACCUGUCUCACGACUCCGCCCCCUCGCACGCCCCUCACCCCCCCGAUCGGACCCCCUCGGAGGCGGGGCCGAGCCGCAAGCGGGCGCGGGCGUCGGACGACGGCUCGGGCGGCGAGGCGGACAGCGGCAGCCCCACCCCUCCGCUGAGACGCCACAAAGAGGGGCCGGGCUCCGAGAUCGAGCUGGUGUUCAGACCACACCCGCAGCUGGUCCACGCCCAGGACUACAACCAGACCAGAUAUGUGAAGACCACUGCCAACGCCACAGUGGACCAUCUGUCGAAAUACCUCGCCCUGCGCAUCGCUCUGGAGGACGUGCAGACCGGCCGACAGACGGAGGCAGGAGGAGGAGAAACUGAAGGAGCAGCAGGAGGCGGAGAGGGAUCGAGUCUGAGCAACAUCAGCGAGAAGCAGUACACCAUCUACAUCCUGACGAGAGGAGGACAGUUCUCCACGCUGAACGGCUCUCUGACUCUGGAGUUGGUCAAUGAGAAGUACUGGAAGGUCCGGAAGCCUCUGGAGCUUUACUACGCUCCCACCAAGGACCAACAACCACCGCCGCCGCCGCCCCAGCAGCCCCAGCCGAAGUCUCCUCCUCCUCCUCCUCCUCCUCCACCUCCUCCACAGAGGGAGGCCUGAGGCAGAGCAGUGGUUUGCUCCUCCUCAUGUCUUCUUCUUCCGAAAGAGGAAGCUCAGUCGAGUGUCUUCAGUUAAAAACUGACCGAUUUCGUCUGCAAACUGAACUCAUUUGGAAUGCGUGAAAUCUGACCUGAGACCUGCUGUCAGGAGGGAAAAGAGACGGAAAACAAACCCGCGAAGCAGAGCUGGUGAAGCUUCAGCGGAGGCGGCUGUGGGAUUGUGAACUGUCACUGUGGACCAGGAGAUCACUUUGUUCUCGUCUUCUCCUGAUGAGGAGCGUCUGCAGCUCGUUAGCGUCUGUUAGCCAUCACUUUUAUUAGUUAUUGCUUCUAAAUAUUUAAAAAGAUGAAGCUGUGCAGUCUGUCACUGCAGCGACCGCCUUCUCUGAUCUGGAUGUUUGACAUUUUUAGUUUAUUUAUUCCUCUGAACACAAAACAGCAACUAGUAGAAAAUAAGAUGAAAAUUGGCAAACUUAAGGCAAUAUCUACAGAAACCAGGACACAAUAAUCCAAACUAAGAAUUCAGUAUUUUUGUCAUUUCUAGCAUUUCUUUUCUUUCUCUCUGCAGUAACAGGCAGCGCAUCUGUUGGUCUGACCAGCUCAGAAUGUUUCUCUGACACAUUUCACUGCUUUAAGACCUCUGGACAGAAACGAUCCAUCUGAACGAUCGAAUGAAAGAAACUGAUCGAGUGUCUUUCUCUGGUUUGAUCUCAACUGACUGUAUUUAAUGAAAUCUUUGUAUAAUUUAAUUUCUAAGAAUAUGACUGAAGCUUUGCUGCCUUCGUGGUGACAGGAUCAGUGUGGGACGGCUCGGCGCCACAGUUGGACGUGUCGUGUCGCUGAUUUAGCUUUAAUCACACCAACAUUCAUGUUCAGUCCUGAGAGGGGCUGAAGCCUAUCCCAGCAUGCACUGGGGUGAGACAGGGUGGUUAAAAUGAGACGUCGGGAUGGUGGUUUGUUUUUCCUGGAGCCUCAUUCUGAACAUGAUUUGUCUCUAAAUGUUAAACUGAAGAGCCACAAAGAGUCGCUAUAUUUCACUAAGAUAAACGCGAUGCUCUCAUCCUCCACCUGAGCAGCUGUAGCCGCAUCACCUGCUUCCUCUUCAAACACACCAACAGGUUUUGGGUUGCACUUCCUCUUUUUCUCCGUAAAAGCAUUUGGUUAAUGAGUUUGCAUGAAGUCGUUCUUUGAUCUGUUCACAUGACGUCUGGUCUCUUAAAAGCCAUAAACUUCAGUUCUUCACUGUUUCCACUCUUUGCUUCACUCUUGAUGCACUUUAACUUCCUGCAGCCAUACGAGCUUUCCUACCUUACCUCAGUUUUUAAGGAGUGUUUGUAUGUUAAGAAUAAUGCAAUAUUUCCUUCUUCUGUUGUAUAAUUACUUUGUCAGCGAUGCAGAACAAUAAACUCUAAAAACCUCA